UGAGUUUUAUGACGCAUCCUGGUCGGAAAUCGGGACGCGCAGCAGUCUCAAAAUUCUGUUAACGAACAUUACUGGUAUAAAUCGGGACAUACUCACUUAGGAAAAUCCUCUCGAUUACGCGGUGGCCGUAAGACUGGCAUGGGCAGCAAGUCGCGAGACCAGUCGUUUGGAGGAUCAGGCAUACUGUCUUUUCGGAAUACUCGGUGUGAACAUGCCCCUUCUUUACGGCGAAGGGGUACGCGCAUUUCGACGCCUUCAGGAGGAGAUGCUUCGAGUCGACGAAGACUACGCUCUGUUUGCCUGGGAUGCAUUCUCCCCGACCGAAAGCCUUCUAGCCAGGUCGCCUUCAGAUUUUGACACCUUUGAGCCGGUGCUCGAGUUGCUUUCUGCGGAGCUAGCAGGUGGAUCGGAGUCCUUUCUCCGUGAGCACUUGUCGAAAACUUGCUUCUCCGUACUUCCACCUCCGGAAGAUUACUUGCCUCCGCACCUGACCAGUCGUGGUUGCUAUCUCAGUCUACCUCUACUUCGUCACCAGGACAGAUCUCGGUAUGGCUGCCUUGCGUGCUUAGAGCGUCCGAAUUCUGAUAUCCUCCUCUUGUGCGUAAUGUUGCGUCAAGUCGAAGGCAGCGAAAAUGGUUUCGAGAGAGACUGGGACACCUUGGGGGAACAAGGUAACUUGAUUCUUCUCCCCAUGAGUGCUUUGAAAGACUUUCGGUACGCUUCUAUCUAUGUGACAACAUCGACGAAAGACCAUGCGCAUGCGUCUGUCUCCAUAUUCUCAGUUCUCGCAUAUCGUGACGAAGGUCGUUCGAUGCUGCGAAUCUCAAUAGACUCCGCGCUACGCUCCCGAAUUUUACGCUUUACUAUGAAUAAGGAUAAUGCGCGACCCUUUCCUACAGAGGGAGGGUAUAGUAUAGAGACGAUCGCUGCUCUGCCGGGUAUGUGGUCCGCUUGUUAUACUGGCAAGAAAAGCGACACUUUUCAUUCUCAGUCUACUCUUAGUGUCAGUCUGAAGCUAGUAGUUGUCGUUCACGUAAAUGAGAACUAUAACCCUUGGUUCGACACUGAGAUUGAGCCUAACGUUCGCAUUCAAAUUCCAGGCGAUGGGCCAGUGCCACUAUCGACGUGCACAUGGCUAUUAACAUCGCGGCCAACGUUGGAUCGCACUCUAGAUCGUAAAACUCUUCGAAUCCAGGACACGAUAUUCAGCGAAGAUUUCGGAUGGUUCAUCCGCUUGUCUAUACAGCGUACAGGUUCAGCACCUCUUGCACCAGACAUGAAGCAGUACGUGCUUACGCUCUUGAAAAAGUAACUUUGCACAUAGCUUCUUUCUUCAAUUAGUCGAAUUGAACACGAGAU